ACGUACUAGGUAGUGUCGCACUUUUAGAUUUGUAUCGAUUGUUCUUACUCGAUUUCCGAUUUCAAACCGUCAUCUAUGGGUCUACGCAUCACUAGCGCUCCCGCGUUUUGCUCAUUCCUUUUUUGUGCGCGGUAGUGAACGCACGUCACUUCAAGUUAUAACAAACGCGUAACCGUUACAUUUCAAAUAUGCCGAAACGCAAGGCUGAAGAUAAAAUAAAGCGUUACAAAGAAAAAAUCAAACGUUUAGAACAAAAACAUAAAGUGCAUAAACGUCGACGAAAUAUUAUAAUUUCCGAUUCAGAUUCUGAUAUCGAAAACCAGGAUAUCCAAAUACCCGAAAAUUAUAAUGUCGAGGACGUUGAGAUUAUGCACCAUGAUUACCCUAAUAUACAGGAUGAUUCUUUACCGACGAUACCGGUUGACAUACCGUUAUCUAAUACACCAGUUUUAUGCGACCCAUUGCAGUCGCAAGCAGGCGAGGACAAAGAUCCCAAAAAUGAUUGUGAGUCAUCUCAAACUCCAAAUGUUCCACUAGAGCAGGAACAGGUUCCAGGAACCUCAAGUGAAGUACCUACAGAACUUGACCCAGAAAUACGUCUUGCAUUGGGGGAUCCCAUUGAAGACAGUCCUAAAUAUGGAGCUAAUAUUCACAACGACUUGGCACAGCGCUGGUUGCCAAUACUUAAGAAAGGCUUGACAAAAGAUGUCAAAGAAAACUUGUUGAAGGAACAUCAUAUUCCAGAUAACUGCAGAUUAUUAAAAUCACCCAGUUUAAACCCCGAGAUAGCUGCUGCUGUUGCAGAAGCAGUUCGUAGUAGAGACAAAAAGAUGGAAAUAAAACAAAAUCAAUUAGGAUUGGGAAUUACUGCUAUUUCAAGAGCUUUGGAAAUAUUAAUUAAUGACGGGAGUAAAAUGGAAACCAUAAAACAACUUUCUGAAGGCUGUAGAAUAUUGACUGAUCUUCAUUAUACAGAAACACAAAUUCGGACUAAAUGUAUUACUCCGUGUCUAGAUAAAUCGAUACUGAACAUAAUUCAAGAAGAAGAACGAGAUGAGUUCCUAUUUGGCAGUCAAUUAUCAGAAAAAAUAAAGGCGGCUAAAGCCAUAGAAAAGCAAGGUUCGCAAAUCAAAAGAAAUAUACCGCAAAAGAAUAAUCAAAAUCAGUCGCAAUUAAAAGGCAGAUACACGGGAAACUGGACACCUCCUCCUCGAUAUCCCUCGUCGUCGAGCAGGGGGGGGCGCGGAGCAUACAAUAUGACGAGCCGAGUACAUCCGUACAGGCAGUUUCGCCCUCAAGCGCCGCAGCCGCAGCAGCCGGCAGCGCAGUCGCAGGCGAGGACAGCCACAUUUUCCAAACAACGUGCCCAAACACGUCAAUAGUUCAGGUACAUGCAGGAUACAUCUACCCGCGCAGACUACCCUGGCAGCAGCCAUUGUCUCCGGGAAGCCUUCACAAAACAAGGCAUUCCAUCAGAAGCGAUACAUUUAAUGAUUUCUUCGUUGGCGGCUAAUACUAUAAAACAAUACAACACAACAUUCAAACUGUGGUGGAAUUAUUGUUUAACUAACCAUAUUAAUUACUUAGAAGCACCAAAAGCAGCGCUAAUUUUAUUUCUUACGAAACAAUUUGAGAAUGGCGCUUCUUAUGGGACACUAAAUAGCCAUCGUUCAGCUAUAGCACUGCUUCUAGGUAAUAAUAUAGGUUCUGAUGAACAAGUUUCACGAUUACUAAAGGGAGUCUUCAAAUGUAGACCUAAUAUACCUAAAUAUAAUACCAUAUGGGAUCCACAGGUAGCUUUAGAUUUCAUGGAUAAAUGGUUCCCUCACACAAAUUUAUCAUUAUGUCAAUUAACAAAAAAGUUGGCUACACUUUUGGCUCUUUGUACAGCUCAUCGCGUACAAACAUUGU